AUGAAGAACUUCCGGUUGCAACGAACAAUCCUCAAGUCAAGGUACACGAAUGCUCGCGAGGUCGCCGUUAUUCUCUCCCUGCUCGUAGCUUUGCCGUACUGCAUAUUCCCGUUGACGGUCGUAUCCGCACAGCAAACGUAUACACCAGCAGGGAUCCAAUCCGGUCCUGAUGUAGUGGGGGGUUCGUUCGCGAGUGCCGCAAUCUUCAACCCGGCCGACAACACUGUGGUGGUGACGGGCACCACGUACGGACGCUUUUGGCAGGAUCGUGUCGACGAGGCUGAUAGUUCUCCAGGAUGUUUUCUUGUAACGGCGCGCUUGCCCGAAGUGCACCACGGAGAUAUUGCGUGGGUCGAUUCGGGCAAAAUAUCCACGAUCGCUCACAAGGAAGGCUGCAGUAGUAUUGCACUCCGUGGAUCGAAGCUCUUUUUGUCGGGGCACGCCGACACGGGUGGGGUUUUGGAAGAACUCCGCAACAGUGCCUCCAUCGUUCCAUCCACGCAGUACGGGAUGCUGCUGGAUAUGGACUACGACGGUGGCAGUAGUCGGGUUGAUAUUGUGGGAGGUCGCGUUCUGCAGGACAGUCCCGUCGUCUUUCCAGUGGCCGUGGUGGCAUUGCCGGGAGAGUCGGAAGUGUACGUGGCGAGUAUGGCAACGGAUAGCACUGUCGAUCACGACUACAGCAAUGAACAGCUCGACCCACAACGCUUCUUUCCCUACGGCUCAAAGUUUCAUAUGACGGUGUCCAGGCUCAGUCUUAACGGUGCUCGCUUUCAAGAAGGCACGGUGCUCAAUACUCUCGAUGAGCAGUGGACUAAACCAUACUCGACUAAAGAAGCCGGAGACGUAUACGUUGCUGGUAUGAUCAAACUUUCGAAUGAGAUUCUCGUUGUCGUCGGAUCGACAACCGGCUACGGCGGAGGGGUGGGCGGCCUUGUUGAUACGGGUCCCGAUAUGGACGGCUUUGUUACCAAAUUGCAUCCCGUAACGGGAGGUGUACCUGUUGAACCCGGUAAUCCUAAACACCAAGGUACCGUGCGGAUACAAUCGGUCGAUGGCAAGGAUGACUUUGUGGCGGGAGUCUGUCACGACGAAUAUCGUCACGAUCCCGGGCACAUUUAUAUUGUUGGUUCCACUUCGGGUGAUUUGGACCGCUCUGGAUCCGCAGCGGCACCGCGCGGUUAUCUAAUGAAACUGGACUUCGAGUCCUUGCAGCCUGUAUGGACCAAAGUGCUGGCAGCAAAUGCGGCCACGACAACCAUUGCAAACGCCACUAGCGGUGGACGGCCCUCCGUUCGGGGUGUCUCGUGCGUCGUGACUCCGGACGGUGAAGCCGUCUACGCCGCUGGCGUUGUCGAAAACAGUGGCGUCCUACCCCUUUCCGGUACCAUGACCUCGUUUGGGGGGAAAGACAUCUAUGUGGUCAAAUACGAUACUGUGGACGGGAAAGAGGGAUUUGUCCGCCAAAUCGGAUCGUCCGAAGACGAUGAAAUGGCCAUGCGCGGGGGUUUACUGACGGAUUCUCAAGGAAACGCCGUUUUGGUUGGUCAUACGGCUGGUUCCUUGUACCGGACGCGUGAGGAAAGCGAAAAGGCAGGCGUAUCGGAUAUUUUCUUGCUUACUAUUUCUCGUUAUGAUGGAAAAUACCAAUUUCCGAUCGAACAUCCGGAAUAUGGACAGCAGGUUGAGGAGGACGUUGUGUCGGGCCCGGGGUCUGCGCCACAGACACCGGAAAUGUCUGGUACCACGAUGAACGCCAAAGCACCCUCAACGACAGGAAGCGACAGCAGCGGCGUAUUGGGCUUGGAGAAAUGGACUGGUUUGACUAUCUUGUUGGUCGGGAUUAUUACCUCGCUACUGUUGGUUGGCUUAUUAUUGGCGCGUCGCUCGAAUCGCGAAGUCUAUACGAGCCGCAAUCAAGUGCUGGACUACCUCCACCAGUUCGAUGUCGAAGACGUUGAUCUCAAGCAUUCCGCCACGGGUGGAUGGCAUUGUUCGUACACCAACGGGUUGGCACACGGAAUCAAUAUUCGGGAUGGAUCCUCCUCCAGCAACGACGAUAUUGCGGCUGGUCCUUCUCAGGGUGUUGGACUGCUGCCAGUACGAACAGGCGGAUUCGAUCCGUUGACUACUCCUUUGAAUUCGUCGACACUGCGCGACUCUCUCUUUGUGAACGACGAUAGUGAUGGUAGAUUAGGUCGGCCAGACGGCCACCACUCGUUUGGAGAUGACAGUUCAGCGGAUAGACGCCACACCGCAAUCCAUGAAUCCCGUCGUUCCAGCACGAGAAAAACACGUCGAAAGAAGUUGGAUGCGUGGGGACGUGAAAUCGUUUGA